AUGUCUACUAUCAUCAACGAUACUACAACCGACGAAGGUGCUACAGGAGCGAAUACUACAGCAAAAGCCGUGAUCAGAGCUGACAUAUCUGAGAUUACAAGUUCUCUCGCGAGAACAACGCUUCAAGCAAACCAACCAUAUAUCUUUCUCAACACCGCUAUCAGUGUAGCUGAUGUUGUUGAAGAACUGUUCGAGUUACCGGCAGAUCCCCCAUCGUUGUAUCUUGACCUUGAAGGUACCAAUCUCUCGCGGCAUGGAAGCAUCUCGAUACUUCAGAUUUCUGUUCUGCCUCACAACAGGACCUAUCUGAUUGAUAUUCAUAUGCUGAAGGAGAAUGCCUUUGCGAAAGCAGCAAGCAAUGGUCAGACUCUUAAAAAACUUUUGGAAACGGAAUCUGUUCCAAAAGUCUUCUUUGACGUUCGCAAUAACGCUGAUGCCCUCUACAAUUGCUUUGGAAUUACGCUUGCUGGUGUUCAAGACCUUCAACUGAUGGAGCUUGCGACACGUAAUUUUUCGAAAAAAUAUGUCCAUGGCCUAGCAAAAUGUAUUGAGAAUGAUGCGCCGAUGACACUAUCAGAACGAAAUGCAUGGAAGCUUGGAAAAGAAAAAGGACUGAAGCUGUUUGCUCCAGAACGUGGAGGUAGCUAUGAGGUAUUCAAUGUUUGGCCCCUUGCUCUGGAUAUCCUGAGAGUAGUGCAGGACAUUCUUGAGCUCUAUCACACUUUAUGCGAUGAGCAGCGGCGGAUAGAUGAUGAAGCGUUCUACCCCUUAAGAUACAACACAAGACGUCAGACGCCCCUCGUUUAA